AUGGCUGCUUCUGCCCCUGCGGAGCCCCGGGUUAAGCCCACCAAGCCCGAUGAGGAAGCCUACAAGGCCAAUCUGGCCCAGGCUGAGAAGGAGCACGCUGCGGCCCAGGAGAAGUUGAACCAAAUCAAGGCCAAAUUGGACACUGCCAAGCCCAACAACCAUGAUUCUCCCGUCGUCAAGAAGCAGCAGGAACUUCGCGCCGAGCUGUCCUCAAUCCGCCAAAAGCAGUCCGGUUUCAAGUCCUCCCGCUCGAGCACCCUGGAGAAGAUGAACGCUUUGGAGGCCACUCUCAAGGCCCGCAUUGCCGAGCAGAACAACUCGCGUGGCAAGAUGCAGUUCAAGAACGUGGAUGAGAUCGACCGAGAGGUUGCCCGCCUCGAGAAGCAGGUCGACUCGGGCACCCUGCGAUUGGUGGAUGAGCGCAAGGCGCUGGCUGACAUUUCGAACCUCCGCAAGCAGCGCAAGAGCUUCGCCGGUCUGGAGGAGUCGCAGAAGGGCAUCGAUGAGCUGAAGGCCCAGAUCGCCGAGCUCAAGAAGACUUUGGACAACCCCGAGGCCAAGGCCCUCAGCGAUAAGUAUGCCGAGAUCCAGAAGGAGCUGGACGCCAUCAAGGCCGAGCAGGACAGCGUCUACAAGAACCUGAACUCUCUCCGUGACGAGCGCACCAAGCUGCGUAACGAGCAGCAACAAAAGUACGCUGCCAUCCGUGAGAUCAAGGACAACUACUUCAAGGCUCGCCGUGCCUACAAGGAGUAUGAGGAUGAGGCCUGGCGCAUUCGCCGUGAGCGUCAGAAGGCUGAGCGUGAUGCUUUUGAGCGCGAGAAGCGCAAGAAGGUUGCCGAUAAGAAGCUCGAGGAGGCAUCUCAAUUGGCUUACACCGACGAGAUUCUUACAGCUCAGGGUCUGAUCCGUCACUUCGACCCCUCCUACGACUUCGCCGCUCUGGGUCUGGAUGACAAGAAGAACGAGGGAAGCAACUUCCGCGCCAACGUCGGCCGUACUGUGGAUGACUCGGGCCUCAAGGGCAUGAAGGUCGUGCGCAAGGACCAGGAGGAGGACUACUUUGUCGGUACCACUGGCAAGAAGGGUAAGAAGGGCAAGAAGGGCGCUGCGGCCGCCGGUGCCGAGGCCGGCAAGUUCAACAUGAACGUCGGUAUUAUUGAGGACUUUGCCAAGGUCAAGAUCGACCCUCCCAUGAACCAGUCCGAUGUCCCCGCCGCAGUUGAGAAGCUCGCUGCCAAGAUCACCGAGUGGAAGAAGAACCAGACCAGCAAGACCGAGGAGAACAUUCAAAAGGCCAAGGAGGAGAUCGCCCGUCUCGAGGAAGAAGAGACCGCGGCCGCCGAGACCAACGGCCGCAGCACCGAUGCUGCGAAGAAGGCCGCCCAGGCCAACGCCCUUCCUACCGCCGAGGCUGAGCUGGCUCAGGAGAAGGACGGCGCUGCUGAUGCGGCGGAAGAGUUGAAGAAGGCCUCCCUGGAGGACAAGGAGUAA